AUGAAUGCUUACAAACGUCGCAGGAAUCAGGCUCCCGAUUGGCAGUCUUACUAUAAAAAUGGCGUUCCUCAAGAAGUCAUUGUGAUUGAGGAUUCUGCUUCUCCUCGUCUUUCUCCAGCCAUGCCUACUUACUCCUCUCACCCAAUACAACGCUGCUUCGCUCCCGCUGCUCCCCCUUCAAUACCUUCCCCAUCCAUGCAUGCUCCUUUUAUGCAACCUUAUCCUUAUCAAAAUCAUCCUCCUUCCGACUCCCAAUCUUCCCGUCCUCUUUCCAAUGCCUCUUCUCAGUUCUCUCAUCCGUAUAAUCCUUGGCUGGAUUACAACGCUGCUGCUCUUCCACACCCUUAUGUAACGGCCACUCAACCAAUUCAAACCCAUCCGCCUCCACCACCUCCUCCAGCUCCUUCAUCGACCUAUCUUAUUUCCUCUUCCAACCCUAUGCCAUCGUAUCCUCAUCCUCCUUCUCCUUAUGUUCAACUUCCCAACAUGCCACUUCGUCCCCCAGCGCAGCAUCAAGUACCUCCUGCUCCUCCUUCUGUUAAUCAGCCAUUCCCCGUUUCUCCUUCGCAAACGGUAUUGCCCCGAAUUUCUUUAAAUUCAUCAAACGCUUCCUACCCCAAAAUGCAGCUUCCUCCAGUUCAGCGUCACAACAAAGGAAAUCAUUACGAUUCGCCUGCUUCUUAUCCUUCAUUUUUUCCUCCUAAUGUCUCCCCUCAUCAAAAGAAUAGUCAAAUUCUCCCUACCAAUCCCGUCCCUCAAAAGCCCAAGGAGCAAGUCAACUAUUCUACCAUUCCUAAUUCUGCUUCGACUGCACAGGCUGCCGUUCCUCUUUCUCCGACCUUAGCCGUCUGGUUACCAAUGACCCAAACUAAUUUUCAAGCACCUCCCACUUAUACAUAUCAACCCUCUAGUAUUACAAACGAUCCCAUUGUCGUCCCUGAUCCUCCUCCGCCCGCAAAAGCACCCCAGCCUAAAAAGCGGAAGCGUAAUACCAAUUCUACGAAAAAAGUUAACUGUGUCAACGUUCCCUUGGUAGCUGAUAAGUUGAGCUUAAACUCUUCCGUUUAUGAUGACGAUGAUGGUCAUUAUAAAGUAAUUCCAAAUACCAAUUUUGCGGAAAGAUAUACGGUGAUUCGGCUAUUGGGUCAUGGUACUUUUGGCAAGGUAAUCCAGUGUUAUGAUCAGGUUCAGGGGAAACAUGUUGCUAUAAAGGUAACUCGAGCUAUUCCAAAGUAUAGGGAGGCAAGUCUUAUUGAACUUCGUGUUCUGCAAACCAUUGCACAAAAUGACCCUACGAACGAGAACAAAUGUAUUGAGCUGAAGGACUAUUUUGAUUACCGUAAGCAUAUCUGCAUUGUUACUGAUCUUUUUGGUUGGAGUGUUUUUGAUUUUCUGAAAAACAAUAACUACAUACCAUUUUCAUUACUCCAUAUUCAGUCUUUAGCCCAUCAGCUAUUUAAAAGUGUGGCCUUCUUGCAUGAGAUAGGAUUGGUACACACGGAUUUGAAACCAGAAAAUGUUUUGUUGGUUUCGAAUGCGUCUAAAAAUGUCCGUUUGCCAUAUCGAAAUUACUCUCAGAAGAUUCUAAACAAUACCGAAAUACGGUUGAUAGAUUUUGGCAGCGCCACUUUUGAGGAUGAAUACCAUUCCAGCGUGGUAAGUACGCGACAUUACAGAGCCCCUGAAAUUAUUCUUGGUGUAGGAUGGUCCUAUCCUUGUGAUAUAUGGAGCUUAGGCUGUAUCAUAGUUGAACUAUUUACCGGUCAAGCUUUGUUUCAAACACAUGAGGAUAAUGAGCAUUUGGCUAUGAUGGAAAAGGUUAUCGGUCCUUUCAACUAUGACUCUAUUUCUAGGGCAGGCCGUUCAACACAACGGUUUUUCAGGACAAAUGGAUCCGUAAAGUAUCCCAUGUCUAACACACCAAAAAAAAGUAUAGCCUAUGUAGAGUCUUUACAAAGUUUGGAUCAGUUAUUUUCCUGCACCACCUCGUCAGGUGUAGCUCUACUUUUGGAUCUUUUAAGAAAAAUAUUUGUUUAUGACCCUGCAAAACGGAUUACUGCAAAGGAGGCUUUAUGGCAUCCCUUUUUUAGUAAUGCUUUAUCUUCUAAUUUUUAA